ACCAAGAUGACUACUCACUUUCUCCUCCUCCGAGCUUUCUUCCUAACUGUCUUUCUCGUUUCAGGGAUCUCUGCUCAGAGCUUCACGAACGACGUUGAUGUGUCUGGGAACGCUAACGUGCAGGAAGAUGGGAACCAGCUGCAGCUCAGCCUCGACUCUGCUGGUGGCUCUGAAGCCAUAUCGAAGCAGGAGUAUCUUUACGGAAGGUUCGACAUGCAGAUCAAGGCCAUCCCUGGCUACUCUGCUGGCACCGUCACGUCCUACUUUCUUCAAUCUCCACGACCGAGCAAUGAUGAGAUAGACUUCGAGCUGUUAGGGAAUGUAACUGGGCAACCCUACCUGCUGCACACCAACCUGUGGACUAGCGGGCAAGGCAACAGGGAGCAGCAGAUGAACCUGUGGUUUGAUCCCACGGCUGACUUCCACAACUACACUUUUGUCUGGAAUCCCCACAACAUAAUAUGGUUAGUCGAUGGAAUACCCGUGAGAGUGUACAGAAAUGCACAACAACAGGGAAUCCCAUACCUGAGCAGCCAAAGGUUACGCGUGCGCGCUGCCUUAUGGAACGGAGAGGAAUGGGCUACAAGGAGGGGCCGAGUCAAGAUCGACUGGAGCCAGGCGCCGUUCGUGGCAUACUUUUGCGGUUACCGCACCGACGCCUGUAGUGACGGGUCCCAGUGCUCUGAGAGUAGGGGACAGUGGUGGGAUUGGACUCUGGACGAGGCUCAGGCCGAAAAGCUCAGGUGGGUGAGGGAGAACUACAUGGUCAGGGACUACUGUCAGGAACAAGGUGCCCCAGAGUGCUCCGUCAACAAUCCGUAAUAAUAAUUUCAACAUAUGUGUAAGACGGAGAGCAAGUUACGCGAGAGGGCAAAAAAUAUGCAUGAACUUGAUGAGAAGCGUGUUUUCUCUUUGACAGCAACAAUAACUCAUGCACAUGUAACUUGUUUGUUAUGCUAAAGGACAGCUAUAACUUAAGUAAAUAUCCAGUUU